AUGGGUAUCAAAAAAAAUGAAGGUCCAUGUUCAGUUCAAAAUUGCGAUACAAAAACAGGUCGUUUUCGUCAAUUUACUCAAUUAGCAUAUGAAAAAGCUCAAAGAAAAGGAACCUACGCUUCUUAUAACUAUUUAAAAAUUGGACAACAAUUGUGUCAUAGUCAUUAUAUGCGAAUUGCUGAGCCUGAUAGGCAUCAAAUAGCGGAAGUUCCCGCUUUUGUAGAAGUUCCUGUUCCUGUAGAAGUUCCUGUUCCUGUAGAAGUUCCUGCUCUUGUAGAAGCUCCUGUUUUUGUAGAAGUUCCUGUUUCUCUGGAAAUAAAUCAUAAUUAUGCUAAUAAUAAUGCAACUGAAGGUAGUAAAUGUAAUUAUGAAAU